GAUGAAUGAUCCGCACCGGCGAGUGAGUGCUGGCCUCUAUCGCAUCUGUUUCACCUCUAAAUGUGUAUCGUAUAAUUACCAAGGUGAGUACCCAAACCACUGGACAGGUAUGGCCAGUACUGACCCAAAUAGGCAGGUAUGAGCCUCGGUUAUAGGAAUACAGUGUCCAGAAACUGUCCACGUUUUCUCUCAUCAUUACUGGAAUCGUUAAUAUGAUAUAUAUUUUUUUUGGUCCUUCGAAGUACACACCAUCUAAACACUUGAGUGUGUUUUUGUGUGUGGGUGUGGGGGUUCGUGUGUGGGUUGGAGUGAGUGUGAAAGCGGUAUCUGGUUAUUUAGCCCAAGCCCCACAUUCGCAAGUGUUUCAAAUGAACCCAAAAGAUAGGCCCAUUUAAAUAGGCUAAUAACUAUUCGGUGGUGAGGCUUUAUUCAUUAUCAAUGGCUAAAGCUAAAAGAUGUGAAUCUAUUUCAAUUAGUCAUUUUUUUGAAUAAUUAAAUAGGCAACACAUGUCAUGAUGCUAACAUGUCACGAUGCUAACAUUCACGGUGCGAACACGUCACGGUUCAACACAUGUCAUGGUGCAAAACAUGUCACGGUGCUAACAUGUCACAGUGCGACACAUGUCAUGGUUGACACAUGUCACGGUGCAACACAUGUCACGGUGUGACAAAUGUCACGGUGCAACAAUGUCACGGUGCUAAAAUGUCGCGGUUCAACACAUGUUACGGUGCAACACAUGUCACGGUGCGACACAAGUCACGGUGCGACACAUGUCAGUAUGUGUCUGAAGUAAAUUAGAUCAACUACCCUCUGGAUAUUUUACGAAUCAACAAGGCGAUUAACGCCAUCCUCGAGUACAGAAAGUGCUACGUAGGGAAACAGGUUGUCGCCUGGGAGACCGUUUAGGACAGCGAAUGCAUUAUAAUAUUGAAACAACACCAUCGUCCCGUUUAAAAAAAAACAAUAUUUCAUCAGUGUUUACCAGAUAGGGAUUUCGGACAUUGCUUUUACUGGUAGAUUAUAUGUGAUUAGUAUAGCCUAAUAGAUUUAUAUGGAAAACAUAUUAAUAAGAAAAAUUAGUGGAGCAUUAGGGUGAAAAAUCCCGGGGGAGGGGAGAUUCUGCCAAAUUGAGCCCUUGGGAGACCCAUACGCGCUUCGGCUCGUGUCGCUGGCUUCAAUUCCUUAUGCGGAAUUAUUUUUAUCACGUUGACCCCAUUAGGUUUUAACCCAAUUCACAGUUUGACCCAACCGUCAUAUUCCCCCAUGCUAGGUUAGACAGUUUGACACAACCGUCAUAUUCCUCCAUGCUAGGUUAUACAGUUUUGUUCCACCCAUUGUCUUUCUUAUUUACUCUUCUGAUCUUUGUAGUUGUUAGGGAGUUGUUCAGACCAAUUUUUCUUGUUUUUUUUACCACUUCAAUAAUUGGUGGGAUAUAUACACUGUGUCCUGAAAAAAGGAUAACUCUCUUGAUGAUGAUUGGCCAUUGGAGAUUGCGCACUGAAGCCCGUGUUGUAACUAAGGGUGUGCACUUCGAAAAUAAACCAUAGUUUAGUCUAAAAAAAAAAAAAUUAAAGUAUGUUAGAAUUAAAAUGAUUUUUGGAAUUAAAUAACACAUUAUUAUGAAUAUUCACCAUAAGUUUUAAUCGUUACAAAAAAGGAUUUCCUUUUUUUCCGGACACCGUAUAUAUCGUAAAGAUAUAUUGAGAAAAAAUUAAUGUAUCAUUUAUUUGUAUGUUUUACUGAUGAAGGCAUUCGUCGAAAAAUCUUAAAUGUUUCGUUGUGUGUCUUCAUACCAUUGAAAGUCUGUCUACACUAUUUUAUCUUCACAAAUGGUUUGUGUUUCAUUAUUCGAUGAAUUCAUAUAUUUUAAAGUAUAGUUUCUCAUGACUAUAUAUAUUUAAAGACAUAUUUUUUAUAAUCUAGAAAACUCAUUGUGCUAAGUGCGUCUUUUUUUUAUAUGUCAACACAAUACAUGAGUUAACAUGUUUCACAUACCAACAGGGGGAGCCAUCUCCACCUCAAGGGCGUUCAUCAUGAUUGCUUUCUUCUGCGCCGUUGCCGGCCUUGUCGGUGGCGUCGUCUACUACCGCAAAUACUUUUUCAAUUCUAUCGAGAACAGGAAAUUGGUGCUGGCGUCUGCUGUACUCUAUUUUGUUUCCGGUUAGUAUCGAAUACAAUUUGAUUGUAAUGCCUUUAUUUCAAUAUCAAGAAAACUAAAGUGGGUCGCAAUCGACUGUGGUCAACUUAAUCAACAUACAUGGCAAUUGUUAACUUGACUGUGGGUGCGCAGAUGGCUGAUGAGGCCGAUCAUGGCACGAAUUGUACUUGAGCAGUAAGUGGAGGGGAUUUAUGGGAAAUCAUGUAAAUAACAAUUAUGAUUAAAAUAGAAAUUUUGGAGUAACCAAAAAAAAAAAAAAAAAAAAAUAUAAGCCAGAUAACAGAUAAGCAUUGUUUCACUACUUUCAUAAUUUUUUGGGGUAUCUAUUUGUAUUCGUGUUCUGUUGAUGUUCCAGCAGGUGUCUGUUUUUUGUAUUUAUUUGGUGUUCUUAUUUUGUCGAUGUUCCAGCUGGCGUCGGGUUCCUUGGUGCGAUCAUCGUCUCGACAGCCGGGAUACGAGAGGUUGAGCUCUUCGUCUUCUACGCCUUCCAGCGUGACCUCUCGUUCUCGGUCAGCUUCAGUCUCGGCCUGGGCAUGGUGGGUGUGCUGUCCAGUGCCGGAGCGGGGAUCCUCACGGUGGUACACAUGAAGAAAGAGCGGGUGGCCCAGGGCACGACACCCUACCCUGUCGUCGUGUCCAGUGCUGGGGAAGGGGUUCUCAUGGUGAUACACACGGAGAAAGAACUAGUGGCUCAAAGCACAACACCCGAACCUUGUUAACUCAGAACGUGAAUGUUUUUUUAAUUGUAAAUUUUAAAACAAAAUUUAGUUGUUUUUUUUAGACUAUUUUGAUUGAUGUAACCUGUCACAUUUUUAAAGCUAGAACAAAUACAUGAUUUCUUUUUAUUAUUAUAAUUUUUUUUUACACAUUAAUGAACUACGUGAAAAU